GAGAGGGGCGUGGUGAGCGGCUGGGGCUGGGAAGUGGCUGUAGUGUAAAGCUCUUGCUGGCCCUGGGAAGACCUGAGAGUGAUUCUGCAGAUUUUGCUUCUUGUUUGCUCCUUUAAAACACCAGCGCAACAAAACGCCGGCACAAAUCGUGUGGAAAUAAGGAUGUCCAAGAAAAUUAAUGGUGGUUCUGUGGUAGAAAUGCAAGGAGAUGAGAUGACUAGAGUUAUAUGGGAUCUGAUUAAAGAGAAGCUGAUUUUGCCCUAUGUGCAGUUGGAUUUGCACAGCUAUGAUCUGGGCAUGGAGAACCGUGAUGCCACAGACGAUCAAGUUACAGUGGAUGCUGCAGAAGCAAUUAAAAAGUACAACGUUGGCAUCAAAUGUGCCACUAUUACACCUGAUGAGAAGAGGGUAGAAGAGUUUAAUUUGAAACAAAUGUGGAAAUCUCCAAAUGGAACUAUCAGGAAUAUUCUUGGAGGCACAGUGUUCAGAGAGGCCAUCAUCUGCAAGAACAUCCCAAGGCUGGUUUCAGGAUGGGUCAAACCUAUUAUCAUUGGCCGUCAUGCUUAUGGUGACCAGUAUAGAGCAACUGACUUUGUGGUCCCUGGGCCAGGCAAAGUGGAAAUAUCAUUCACACCCAAGGAUGGAGGGGAGGCCAUUAAGUAUGUUAUCCAUAAUUUUGAAGACUGCGGAGGGGUUGCUCUUGGAAUGUACAACACCGAUCAGUCCAUUAAAGACUUUGCACACAGUUCUUUCCAGAUGGCUCUGUCUAAAAGCUGGCCCCUGUAUAUGAGCACCAAAAACACCAUUCUCAAGAGAUAUGAUGGGCGAUUUAAAGAUAUAUUCCAGGAAAUAUAUGAGAAGGAAUACAAAUCCCAGUUUGAAGAGCAAAAAAUCUGGUAUGAACACCGACUUAUUGAUGACAUGGUGGCACAAGCAAUGAAAUCUGAAGGAGGUUUCAUCUGGGCCUGCAAAAACUAUGAUGGGGAUGUGCAAUCAGAUUCUGUUGCUCAAGGAUAUGGCUCUCUUGGCAUGAUGACAAGUGUGUUGAUAUGUCCUGAUGGGAAGACAGUGGAGGCAGAAGCAGCCCAUGGGACAGUAACUCGACAUUAUAGAAUGCAUCAAAAAGGACAAGAAACCUCAACCAACCCUAUUGCUUCUAUCUUUGCAUGGUCAAGAGGCCUGGAUCAUAGAGCAACACUGGAUAAUAACCAAGAACUUAAGAACUUUGCCACAGCCUUAGAAGAAGUCUGCAUCGAAACCAUUGAGGCUGGAUAUAUGACUAAGGACCUUGCUGCUUGCAUUAAAGGUUUACCAAAUGUGCAGCGUUCUGACUACUUGAAUACCUUUGAAUUUAUGGACAAGCUAGCUGAAAAUCUGCAGCUGAAACUUGCUGUCCAUCCUAAGCUUUAACAGAGAUCUUACUGGGAAAACAGAGCUGUCCUACACUGCACUUGGUUUACAACCCCCGAAGCAUUAUCUCCUCAAUAGAAUGUAAUACGUCCGUCCCUAGGUGCAAAAACUUGAACGUCAGGUUUACUUGCAAUCAUUUAAUUGUAACAGAAGGUAUUCAUUUAAAUUAUUGUGUUGGUAAUUCAGAACCACGAUAAGUUAAUAAACGUCCAUCUCUGUUUUUAUACAUAAUGGGACCACUGCAGCCAUAAAUAAGAAUAAAUCAGGGGAAACCAGUUGCAUUCCCAUAAUUUUUGGCAUACCUUUGUGCAAGCAAAUAGCCUCCCAAUUUUCUUAAAAGAUGUGACUGAGAGUGUUCUUAGUGCUCUGGCAAAAGUUUGGUUUAGUUUUUGCAUGAAGGAAACAUUAAAGAGAUACUGACACCUGAAAUUAAACUUUUUUUUACAUCUAUUAUAAUAUUGGCUUUGCAAGCUACUUCUAACUUUGCCAUAAAGUAUUUACAUGAUGCUUUUACAUUACCUGUCUGAUCCCCCAUGUUCCUGUAUGAGGGGGCUGCCAUUAGAAACUGUAACUAACAGGCUGAGAUGGGACAGUCAGGUUGGCAAAGUCAGUCAGUGUCAGAGAGUCAGGCUUAGGAACUUCAACUAACAAUUAUAUACAAAAACAAACCUCUCAGCAUCAAAUGAUCAACAUGACCUAUAGGUAACAUUUAAUGUACAUUCAUAUGCUAAAAUUCUUUUUUUAGUGUCAGUAUCACUUUAAGAGAUUAAUGUAUAAUGAUGUUUGUCAGAGAUUUGCUUCUCUAAACUUGUUUCAAACUAUUUUUACCUCUGCAUAAUAUACCUUAUGUUUACCUCUUAUCUUCUCCAAAAAUCUCUUCCUGUCAGCCUCGUGAGGCAGCUUCGGAAAACGAAACGAUGCGAGUGACAUUCCGCCGGCAAUUUAGAUUCUAGCCGGCGGGGAGGCAGUUUGCGGGAGAUUAAACCUUCCUGAAUCUUCUCGUUUGUCUCUGCCCUAAAACAAAUAUGCUAAUCCUGUCACAAAUCUGUAGGAGUGCAUGGCCAGUAUGUGGAGGUAUUGUCUGCUUCAAUCAGAGGCAUGGUUAGGGCCAAACAUGGCAGAGAGAACGCUAAUGGUUAUCAGACACAACUUCAUACUCGUAGCUUUUACAGAGAAAACAGUACAACUUUGCCUAUAAAUUGUUAAUUCCCCUGUACUAUGCACAAUUGAGUAAAACAUUAAAAUGCGGAUUUAUCAAGAGUCAAAGUGAAAAUUGUAAUUUCGAAUUUGAAUUUUUUUUUUAUGGCCAAAACUGUCAAAUUCGUUUUUUUUUUUUUAAAUUUUAAUUUUCGAAUUUUAUCAUACACUGGCCCUUGAUGAACUCAAAUUCUACUAUACCCCACCUAAAACCUGCCGAAUUGCUGUUUUAGCCUAUAUAAGACAGCCUGGGAUCAAUUUGGAGUUGUUUGCAGCCUUCUGGACAUUGAGUUUGCAGGUCGAUCUUAUUCACCCGAAAUGUAAAAAUUAAAUUUAUAAAAUUCCAAUUGGUCCAAUUUUGAGUUUAUGGGGAUUUUAUAAAACUCCCAUAAACUCAAAAUUCAACCCUUGAUAAAUCUACACCUUAGUGUGCCUUUAUGUAGCAAGAAACAAAAAAAAAAUGCUAUAUAUGGAAAUUGGUAUAAAAUAACUGUGAUCUGGUGCAUAGUUGUGAUGUAAACCUGGAAAAAAAAAAAGUCCAUAAAAUUCAUUACUUUUAUGAAUGCUGCUCCAAUAACCUACAAUGUAUUUAUGUUGUACAAAGUACAUAAACAGACUGAUCAGGAAUGUGCCAUUGUGAAUAUUUUUAUCACUGUUAAAUGUUGUCGUAAUUAACCUGGCACUGCAAGGCAUUUAGCUCCAACAGAGAUGUGGUGAAUAUCAUUCUAGGGGCUCCCUGCAUGUCACACGUGGAGCCAUUUUGCUAUUUAUUAAUCCAACAAGACAGACUGGCUCUAAUCCAUUCUGGGUAAACAGUACAUUUUUUUACGACUGUUCGUAUAGUUAAGGCCAAUUUCAAACAUUAUGUUGACAAGGCAAAGAGUUGAAGCAUUUUAUCUUCUCCUCGUUAUCCUAAUCACCCCCAUUGACUUAUGUAUCUCCAGGCAAAUGUUGCUUAUUACAGCAGACUUCCAUAAUGCAACAACUUCCUUGCAAGCAAUUACUAUACAAGGGAAUGUGGGUGUGAUUUUAGGGGUUCUGAUCAUAUUCUCAAGCUACUAAUCACUGUGGGCGAGAUGCAUAAAAUUGUUCCUAAAUAAUGCAGGCUAUUGUUUUACUGGCAUAAACAAAAUAAACAAAGCUGUUUUGGCUCAGGUAUGUCAGUUUUUUAGAGACCAUUGUUAAGGUUUCCAGUCAGCCAAUAGUGUGUAAGUACAUUUUCGAAGUAUAUUUCACAUGUUUAGCUUUAUUGAAAUUACAUAUCAUUUAUCUGUACAGAAUCAUUAAGUUACAAUAUGGUAUCAGCCUGAUUGUCAGUAAAGGUCUAAUUUUUUUACGCACAUGUAUUGAAAAGUAGGCCUUUGACAUAAUAAACACUUACUAAUUUUUCAUACUAAUAAAUAAUUUUUUUAUGCAGUAA